CUUAGAUGUUGGAUUUCGUAACCGCGAUUUACACAGGUGGUGCUACAUGGCGAUAGUCCCUACAUAAAAUUCCUGGAUUUGUAUGGCAGACUACUUGUAUUAAUAUGGACAGUCGUCCACAUCGUUAUGAUAUUGGGCAAAAGCUGUUGUGUUUCGAACCUGACAGUUCUAAGGCUAAGCUAAUUUAUUUUGCAAAGAUCUUAAAACAUGUUUCUCGUAGAGAUACAGAAGUUCCCCAUUACUGUGUUCAUUUUCACGGUUGGAAGUGUAAAUGGGACCGUGAAGUCCCAGAAGAUUUGCUUCUUGAAAACAAUGAAUUCAACCGAGUAUUAAAAAGAAAAAUUGAUGAAGUUGCCCAAAAUGUACAUGGAAGACAUCAGCGUAAACAACGUAUCGAUAUGAUUCUGGAGGGUGCAGCUUUAAGUGGUGAUGAUAUUGAUUGGGAAACAGUUCCUGGCGUUUGGAAAGGAUCCAAAUCAAAAAAAUCUUAUCAUAGUUCUCUCUCAAGUGAUAGCAGUAGGGGGAAAACAUUGAUCAGUUCCACAUCGUUUGAUGAUAAUAUUCCUCUUUUGGAUCCAGUUCUUUCAUCCAUUCUAGAUCAAGAGGAAAUCACACAAUUACAGUUUGAGCAGCUUCAGAUACACAAACCUUAUAUGGUUUCUUUAGAUCUCCCCCAAAACCUUCGAGAUAUAUUGAAAUGUCAUACCGAUGCUAGUGAUGUGGGAACGGAUGUGUCCAAGACAUUUCAGUAUUGGUGUUCGGUUCUUCAAGUGCUCCAAAAGUAUGUUGAUGGAUUCCCAUACAGUGGGUUGAAUAUCAGUGCUCUGCUUGGAUGUAGUAGUUCCUCAAGUGGAAUCAUUUCAGAUCGCGUUUCACGUAUCAUGAACCCUUUAUUCUCACUAACUGAUCGAAACCGGUUAAUUUGUGCAGAGGUUUGUUCUAGCCUACGCAUACUGUUUGAUUUUACCGUAAAAAGCUAUCUACUACUUCCUAAUGAAAAAUUAUAUUUUACAAACGAUUUCAAUGGUCACUUGUUUGAAGAUGGUCGAGCAUUCAGUGUAAAUUAUCACCACGGACCAAACGAUAUUCAUUCUAUUUAUCGAUUCUCUUCACCUCGAUAUGAAUUGCUUCCAAAUUCAGAAGUUAUAAAAAAUCCACGAUUGCCCUGUUUAAAUUAUCCUCCUUACUACCUUUUAAGACUAAUCACUAUCCUUCCUACAUUACUGGAUGGUAUGCAGUUAACACCUUGUCGACGUGCUAUAAUUCAUCGACAUUUGUACAUGUUUAUCCAUUAUAUUGAUCGGACUUCGAAGUUUUGGUUUAAUAAAUGCUGGUCAGAUGAAAAAGAUAUGCGUUCAGUGUCAAAUAAGUUAGAACAAUCAUCGAUUAAUACUACAAUAUCUGAAUCUUCCAGCGAUACAGAACCGUUAACAAACAUUACUAGUUCUAAAUCAUUACGGCGUACAACACGAAAUGCUUCUAAAAAUCAAUUAACUAUAAGAUCGGAAUCAUCAGAAUUAUCUCCUUUAAUAACCAAAUCAUUCUAUUCAUCAAAUGAAUCACCUACAGUAACAUCAAAUUCUCAACCAAUAAUAAAUGUUAAUCUAAAAGACAUAAACAAGGAUUCUAACACAAAUGUAUCAUUGACAUGUUCUAUUACAACAACACCUUCAGUUGACAUAAUAUCAACAUCUCCAACAACAGUGACAGGAACAAAAUUCAAACAUAACUCUGUUGAUUAUCCAUCAACGGAUGUAAAAUUUCAAUCUCAAGUUAAACAGACUGCUCGAUCUAUUCCAUUAUUAAGUGGAAAAUUAAAAACCGAUGAUCAUACCACAACAACAUUAAGUGCAACAAUUACUAAUACUGUUAACACUACACAAGGUAGUCUUGAUCAAAAUAUUCGUAUGACACGUUCAAUUGCUAUGCGCCUGAAUAGAAUGAAUUCUGGUCCUAAUUUACGUUCUCAUUCAUUAAGAGGAAAAUGAUGAUAUGCAUCAAAAUAAUAAUAUGCACAUUUUUCUGUUUGUGCAUUUCAUUGUUUAUACUGCUAAGAUGGUUAUCGUUAUUCCUUGUUCUUUGUCAAACAUAUUUUUAUAACGUGUUCUAGAUAUUUUCACUGUCAUUAUUAUUAUUAUUAUUAAAACAACUGCUUAUCAGUUUAACUGUUAUGAUGAUUUUGAGAAUCCUGUUCUUAAAUAUUUGUUUUGUAUGUUUUGGAAAUAAAUUCCUGUAACAAGGUAUACACUUCUAAAGAAUUAAUUAAUUUAGUUGUUUUUUUUCUUAGGAAAUGAUCAUUAGUUCAAAGAAUCAGUAAAGAGUGUAGAAUACUUAAUCAUCAUAACUCAUUAGUUUGGUGCUUCUCAGAUAUACAGUUCGCAAAAAAGUUUUCGGUUGAAUCCUAAAAUAAUACAUUGAACGUGCUGAUUAUUUAUUUGCUAUGGUUUGUUUUUCCCAUCGAUGAACAAUUAGCGUUGAAUUACCAUCUUCCGUCUUAAUACAACCUGCGAUUUACUAGUAGUUAGUUAAAACCCAAAAAGGACAAUGUCAUUAUACUAGAACUUAAUGAUUAUAAUAUACUUCAUUUUGUUUCGAGGAUUCCUGCAUAGGCCAAUAUGUGAUGAAUACGAUUAAAAAUCCAAACUAAUUUUCACAACACAUCCCAACAAUGGUGUGUUGUUUUGAAGAAGCAUUGUUGAUACUAAUUGUUAUAUGAUUGUAAAUUAAUUCAGUAAUUAAUUAUUACAACCUCACGUGAAUCAUCUGUUAGCAGGUUAUUUGUAGAGCGAGGAUUUUUCAAGGUGUACUAUACCGUAGUGUAAUAGCAACUCAUCAUGUGGAGUUAUUUUUUCUCCAAAUUUCUAAUUAUAACACCAUGAUUCUGUACAUUAUUUUAGGUACAAACAUUUAGAUGAUUACAAUUUGUCGAAUAAAAUAAUACGAAUUAGCUUGAUGUCCAACGACGAUAGUGUAACAUUGUUUUACUGUUCUGAAUAAAGUAAAUAUAAUCAUUCAUCAGUUAAUCAACUGUGUAAAUUGUUGGGUUGUGUAGCUCUUGAACUGCCUUUACGUAGUCGAGUAAAUGAGAACAUGUAUCUUUGUUUGCAGACAUUCAUUCACUAAUAUAUCCGAUUCUUUAUUACACAUCACCCUAUUGUAUUUGUUUCUCUAUAGGUACACAGAUAUGUUACGUUACU